AUGGCGACAGCUGAGGUACUGAACAUUGGGAGAAAACUCUAUGAGGGUAAGACAAAAGAAGUCUAUGAAUUGUUAGAUAGUCCAGGAAGAGUCCUCCUGCAGUCCAAGGACCAGAUUACAGCGGGAAAUGCAGCCAGAAAGAACCACCUGGAAGGCAAAGCUGCAAUCUCCAAUAAGAUCACCAGCUGUAUUUUUCAGCUGUUACAGGAUGCCGCUGGCGGUGGCGGGGUGCCACAUGCAUGCAUGAGUCCUCUGGUAUCUGAAGAGGGCUUCUGGGCCCAUGGAACUAGAUUGGAGGUGGUUGUGAACUGCAUAUGGCUGCUAAGAACCACACCCAGCUCUGCAAGAGGAAGAAGUAUCAAGACUGCUUUCACCAAGAAAUGUGGGGAGACUGCUUUCAUUGCACCCCAAUGUGAAAUGAUUCCAAUUGAAUGGGUGUGCCGAAGAAUAGCAACUGGAUCUUUUCUCAAAAGGAACCCUGGUGUAAAAGAGGGGUAUAAGUUUUACCCACCAAAAGUGGAGAUGUUCUUCAAGGAUGAUGCCAAUAAUGAUCCACAGUGGUCUGAGGAGCAACUCAUUGCUGCACAGUUUUGUUUUGCUGGACUUGCUAUAGGCCAGACUGAAGUGGACAUCAUGAGUCAUGCUACACAAGCUAUUUUUGAAAUACUGGAGAAAGCCUGGCUGCCUCAGAACUGCACGCUGGUUGAUAUGAAGAUUGAAUUUGGUGUUGAUGUAACUACCAAAGAGAUUGUUCUUGCUGAUGUAAUUGAUAAUGAUUCUUGGAGACUCUGGCCAUCGGGAGAUCGGAGCCAGCAGAAAGACAAACAGUUGCUUCUGAAGUCAGACAGUCAGUGCAGGGUUGUAGUGCUGAUGGGUUCAGCUUCUGACCUUGGUCACUGUGAGAAAAUUAAGAAGGCUUGUGUAAACUUCGGGAUUCCGUGUGAACUCCGAGUGACAUCUGCCCAUAAAGGACCAGAUGAGACAUUGAGGAUUAAAGCAGAGUAUGAAGGGGAUGGCAUACCUACUGUAUUUGUCGCAGUGGCAGGCAGAAGCAAUGGUUUGGGCCCAGUGAUGUCUGGUAACACUGCAUAUCCAGUUAUCAGCUGUCCCCCCAUCACAGCAGACUGGGGUGCUCAGGAUGUGUGGUCAUCUCUUCGAUUGCCCAGUGUGCCCUUAGACCAGAGGUGUCAGGAGUUUCCUAGAGCGGAGUUACUGCCUGAUAUGGUGAUGGGACUCAUGCAAGUCCUCUGGAAGAACUGCAUUCUCUUAACAUGGAGCAAUUUCUCUGGCCCCCAUUAG